AUGGGUGAUGCAAGAAUGCCAAAUGGGGCCCACGUUAAUGGUCAUAGUCAUGAUUAUGAUUACCCGCCAUCACAUACUGACGGCCCUUACAAAAUCCUGAACCAAUACCAUUCAAAGCCUGCCAAGUUACGGGUAGCAUGCAUUGGUGCCGGCGCGUCAGGUCUUUGUUUGGCAUACAAGAUGGAGAAGAUGCUAGAGCCUGGAUCUUGGGAACUGACACUUUUUGACAAGAACCCACACUUUGGCGGAACCUGGUAUGAGAACACUUAUCCAGGCGUUGCUUGUGACAUACCCUCGCACGACUACAAUUUCACGUUCGACCCGAAACCCGACUGGUCAACAUUCUUCGCAUCAGGGAAGGAAAUCCAAGGUUACUUUGAGGACUUUGCAGAGAGGCACGGAAGCAAAAAGUACAUGCAACUCAACAGCAAGGUCGAGGAAGCAGCUUGGAACGAUGGAGAUGGAUGCUACAACCUGACCAUCAGAAAUCCAGCGACUGGCUCGAUGAGGAAAGACUGGGCGCAUGUUUUGGUCAAUGGAUCAGGUAUCCUGAACAACUGGAAAUGGCCGGAAAUUCAAGGACUUCAUGAUUUCAAAGGUCCACUACUCCACUCAGCGUGUUGGGAUCACAGUGUCGACUUCAACAAUAUCACUGCCGGUGUCAUCGGCAUUGGCUCGACGAGCGUCCAAAUUGUACCCUCACUACAAAAGAUUGUGAAACAGCUUGAAGUAUAUAUGCGAAGUCCAACAUGGAUAUCCCCACCCUUUGGUGCUGGUGCACUCACCGACAACCUUCAAAAGGGCCAAGACAUCGAUCCAGGCCAGCGUCAGUACACCUUCACCGAAUCUGAUAUCAAGAGGUUCAAAGAAGACCCAGAAUAUCACCUGGAAUUCAGGAAGAAGAUAGAAGCGGAGAUCAAUAGCUUGUUUGGUAUGUACCAGCAAAACUCCGAGCUGCAGAACCAGUUCAAGGACGUCAUUACCAAAGAGAUGCACCGACGAAUGGGUCCUGGCCACGACAAAUUGAAAGAGUUCAUCAUUCCCAAAUGGUCUGUAGGUUGCAGGCGGAUUUCGCCUGGAGACGGCUUCUUGGAAGCGCUCACGCAAGACAAUGUUACACCAGUUUUUGAUGGGAUCGAGCGCGUGGUUCCAGAAGGCAUAAAGACAGUCGAUGGCAAAGUCCACAAACUAGACGUAAUCGUAUGCGCUACUGGAUUCCAGGUCGCUUUCCAACCAGCCUUUACCGUGCGCAAUGGCUCAGGGGUUUCCAUCAAGGAAGACUGGACGGAUGGGCCUAAUCUUUACAUGGGUGUUUCAGCACCGCGAUUUCCCAACUACUACACCAUAGUGGGCCCUGGUGCAACAUGGAGUAAUGGGACACUACUACCGAGCAUCGAGACAACAAUCGAGUAUGGUGUCAAGUGCAUGAAGAAGAUGCAGUGCGAGGGCAUCAAAGCAAUGAGCGUGAAGCAAGAAGCGCUGGAUGAGAUUUACGCUCACUUUGACGAGUUCCACAAGACGACCGUGUGGCAAGAAGAAUGUCGUAGCUGGUUCAAGAAUGGGUCGACAAAAGGCCGAAUCUACCUGUGGCCAGGUGCUACGAUUCACUUUCUCAAAACGAUCAAGAACCCGCGCUGGGAAGACUACGACUACGUAUACAGAUACAAGAAUCGAUUUGCAUUUUUGGGCAACGGAGAUGUCAAGGCGACGGCAACACGGGACUUGCAUGGGCUCAGCCCCUACAUUAGGAACUGGGACCAUGAAUGGGAUGUGGAUUGA